UAGAACUGCUGGGGUUACUCUGUCUUUAAUCACUUUAUCAGGCAGCAAGAUUUCGCUUUUCUAAGAGGCAAGUAACUAAACCCGAGGUCCUGCAUGGACUUUGCAGAAUGCUGCUAGGUCUGCCGAGACAUCAGUGACAGUGCAUCUGGGUUUCAUCAGCUCGCUAGGGCUGCGUUUCACCAGGUCCCCGUGCCAGGGCCUCCCCAGCGUCAACAACAAGUGUCGCACCUACUGCAGGAACAGCCCUCAAGUUUCAUCACAGUGAUGCUCAAAAAUAUUCUCCAGCUUCAGCAAUGACCUAGUUCAUUCGAGGGCAGGGAAAAAUGCUCUCCUUCCAGAACUUCCCUGGGCACAGAAUAUUCCCUCUUAGGAAGGCAGGAGCUGUUCUGGAAACAGACCCAACUGUGUUUUGACGGUUCGUGGAAAAGACCCUGAGCCCUCUAGUUGCUCGGAAUCCCCGGGCCCAGGAACAGGGCCACCCAAUCAAUGCCUCCCACGCAGCCCGGGAAGCCCACAGCCCAGCCAGCUCUCCUAUCACGUCUCGGGGAUCAAAAGUAUUGAAAAAUCCACGUGGCAUCAGAGGAUGACAGACUCGGGAGGGCCCCAGAGGCGCACGCUGUGUUUUUUAUCCACGUUGCUUUCCCAGAAGGUUCCCGAGAAGUCAGACACGGUGCUUCGCUGCAUGAUAUCUGGUCAGCCCAAGCCAGAGGUAACUUGGUAUAAAAACGGUCACACCGUAGAGGAGGGCAACAUUGUUUCCAGUUACGAAUUCUUCGAGAAUCAGUAUAUUCAUGUCUUACAUCUCUACUGCUGUACCCAAAACGAUGCUGCUGUUUACCAAAUUUCUGCUAAAAACUGUUUUGGAAUGAUCUGCUGUUCUGCUUCCAUUGAAGUCGAGUGCUCGUCAGAGAACACACAACUCCUGUCUAACCCGAAAGAUGAUGGGGACACAGGUGGGAAAUGUGAGACACAGACAUAUGAGCAGAAAAGCACAAGUCAAAUUGACGAGAAAGAACCUUCUAAGGAAGGAGAGAGUCUCUCCUUGGGGACUCCCAUGUCAGCUGAGCCCUCCUCCUCCAAAUUUAACCACUUAUGCUCACUGCAGUUACUGACCAGUCAUGACAUUAACACAUCCAGUUCUGAAAAUCCCGUGGAUGUUAAAGGAACAAGGCAAACUGGAGAGGCUUGGGAUCCGAAUAACACAGAGAGAACAGCUGAUGGGUUGCUUUCUCCUAAUUCAGGUCAUAUUCCCAAUAAACAGGAUGUAUAUCACCAUGGGACAGCGCAGUCCAAAUUAUCAAAGUUAACGGAUGGUGCCUUAAACAGUGAUGAAGACUUAAGCUCUGGUCAUCAGAGCCCCAAAGCACAGAAAUGCAUCAGUGUCAGCCUACCACUGUCGGAGGCAGCCACAUCCAUUCGCCCAGGUGACAGGGCCACUGUCAACGACCAGAUCAGCCCACAGGCUUCCAGCACCGACUCUGACAGUGACUAUGAACUUUGCCCAGAGAUAACCCUAACCUACACGGAGGAGUUUUCGGAUGAUGACUUGGAGUAUCUGGAAUGUUCCGACGUUAUGACGGAUUACUCUAAUGCAGUUUGGCAAAGGAACCUGGAGGGGACCGAGUGUGUUUUUUUAUUAGAAAGCGAUGACGAAGAUAUGGAAUUCGGCAAGUAUUGCUUGGGGGAGUGCGAGGCUUUUCUCAGUGAAAUGGGUCGUGGGCCUCGGGUGUCAGAUAACAGGGGACGGAUGGAGGCCUCCCCUGAUCACUCACAAUCCCAGGGAGCGAGGGGGGCAAGGCGCUGCCGAGCCUCCACCCACAGUCCCCCGUCCCCACAAGCAGGGAUGACUCCGACUUUGGGAUCUCACGAGGAUGGAACGUCUGUGGUGACAGAGCAGGGGACAUAUAAACGACCCACUGCUUCUGCUGACAAUGAUUAUCCAGGAAUUCAAGGAGAAACCAGAGAGAGCCACCAAGCAGGGGAGGAAUCCGCCAGGGACAGUCUGCUGGCCAUGGAUGAAGCCGCGCCGGGCAGAGAGGGGCAGUGCCUGUCUGCCGAGCUAGAAAAGGCAGGGGUGAACCAGUGUUUGGAGAUCGUGGCGGAAAAAGGACCAGGGGAGAAGGAUUUCCGGAGCAAGAGGGGCUCAGAGAAACCUGCCAGGGGAGGGCGACCCGGAAUUAAGGGGAAAGCCAAGAAGCUGAGUCCCAACCUGAAAGACAGUGCAGCAGAAGGCACCCCCAAUCACCUCUCCCCCCAAGAGCCUGCUAAGCCCCCACUAACCCAGACUGAUAAAAAGGAUGCCCAAGCGGAAGCGCCAGAUCUGAAUUCCCAGCUCCUUACGGAAGGUGCUGCUCUAACCCGAGCAGAGCAAGAAACAGAAAGGCUGCAACGCCCCCCUGGGACACUCCCCCAGGAAGGAAGCUGGAGCCUGGUGGGAGAAGGGGUGCAGGUUAAUAACCUCCUGGAAACAAAGUGGGUUCCAGACCAGACUGAUCAUCCUCAGGUGCAAACUCAGGAGACACUCAGGGAACGACUCUGUCCCAGCCAAAUGCCACCUUUCUCAGAACCUGCCGGGGAGGGGUCUGCGUUCACCAGGACCACAUCACAGUCCCUCCCCGACUUAGGGGGAAUCGAUGAGGAACAUGCAUCAUUGGCCCAAUACCUGGAGACAGAAGGUUGUACUCAAGGCCCACAGCACAAAGAAAACAAAGACAGAGAAGACAACACACCUAGACAUUCCUGGGAAGGUCCAGGACAUGAGCCGAACCUCCCAGAAGUCAAUCAUGCAACUGUGUCCCCCUGGGAGCUGUCAGUGUGUCUCCCCCAGGAGGGCUGCAAUGACCCUGGGGAGCCCCAGGCUCUCUCUGUUGUCCCCCCUGUACCUGAAGAUAUGGUCUCCACCCGGGAAGCUGCGUGCCAUGGGCCAGGGGGCAGAGAAGCCGAGUGUUUGACGGAGCUUCUGGAAGCAGGUGACCAAGGAACAGGUGACACCAUGAAUUCUCCUGCUGGAUCCCCAGUUCAUAAAUAUUUGCCUCAAGGAGUUUGCUCCAUGGACUUAGAGCUGGCAGAAGGUCAAGGCAAAGUGUCUGAUCUUUGUUUUCCUGAUGACAGGACACUGGAUGUUGUUCUCCAGACACGAGGUUCUGAGCCUCCACCGUCCACAGGCAAAAGCAACAAGGGGAGAAACUCAGUUGUGUCUCCUGCUCCUAGCAACACUCUCACCUGGAACAUGUCUCAAAAAGCCAGCGAAGGGUCCCCAGGGGAACAUCUAGCCAAGAUGCAGGAUUCCGCCUCCACGCUGGCCUCCACAGCACAGGAGAGGCCGAUCCCCUGUGUCUCAGGAGGGCUGGAGGAAAGACACCCUCUGUCUGCUGAGAAUUCUUUUGUGUGGUGUAAAGAAGGUGCCGAGAGCCCCAGUACCAGUGCCCUGGACACCACAGGCUCGCCAGCCAGUCACAGCUCAGUCGUGAGGUCUCCUCAGGAGACGCCAACAACAUCAACUGCUCAUCCUGAGUGUCUUCAGGUGACCAGGGAGAGUGAGGACACACCAACUGGUACCAUUGCCACCGAAGUCCACCCAGCCAAAUCCCUCCCCGUUUCAGUUGCCGAGAACAGCCAUGCAGAUGGCCCUGACGAGAGCUCAUCUCAGGUACCAGAUGGGAAUAUUUUUCUGCUUCCUCCCAGCGUACAGUCGGGUCCUUUGUUAAAUGGCUCCACCAGCGAAUCUCCCGAAGAGCUUUGCCCGGCUCCCAGGGGACCAGAGGUCCAUGUCUGUGUCCCCCCCGUCCCAGAGGGAGGUUUCUGUAGCAGUUCCCCUCUUCAGAUUGAUACCCAGUCUGCAGAGAAGAGCCAGGCCGUGGGCAGAGCAGACAAGAGGAGCCUCGAAGAGGAUGCCCAGGGGAAAGGAAGUGAAGCCACACAGAGGAUGCAGCAGGAGAGCCGGCCCUGCCAGGGUUCUCUUCCCGAAGACAGUCCCCAGGAAAGCUGGCCUACGACGUCCGCUGCACAAGGGGAAACGACCCCGGUGCCCUGGGACCACUCGUCGGCAAACUCCGGAGGGGAAAGAAGGCAGAGCUCAGGCCUGGAGGCUAAAACUCCCGAGGAUGAUGACAGUCACGCCGUGGGCAGUGUCCCACCUCCCUCUCAGGUCCUCCUGGGGCCGUCUAAGGAGAGCGGGCCAGGACACUGGGGAGCAGGCGACGAGCCCGAGACGAUAGCUCGAGCAGCUUCUGUUUCCGAGGUCUGGCCCCCAAGACAGCCAACCGGUUCUGAGUCCGAGGGGUCAGAAGCUGGUGCCAUGCCUCCUGACGGGCUCUGGGCUGUAGCUGCUGGGCCUGACCGGGCCCACUCUGAACCUGCAGCACCGGCUGGCGGUGCCCAGGCUGAGGCUCAGUCGGGCUCAGGCCUUGCUGAUGACAGAGACAGCCACGAAGGUAAAAAGCCAGCCAGGCGUGCACACUGGAGCUGUCUUUCUUCCCGGUACUUGCGCCAACCCCGGUUCCUGGGGUCGUCUGUGGACCCCAUAGAUGACGGCGUCACAGAUCAGCCGUCGGAGGCUCCCAACACUGGAGGGCAGGGGGGUGUCAACAACGCGAGUCAAACCCAAGAGGAAAAGCAGCGCAGUGUGGCUCACCUCGCCUUCUUCAAGCAGCUCCUGAGCCACCCUGACGUCCUCGAGUCCUCCGUGGAUCCCGAGGAAGCCGUCGUGGGGGAGUCGGCCAGGGUGGGAGCCCGGGAGCCUCCCGAAUCCGCCCUGGGGGCCUUCAGAGAGGAGGCGAAAUUGAAUGAUGGAAAUUUGGGCCAGAGCGUGGAGGUCCGACCGGCCACCCCUCCAGGCCCCGGCCCCCAGCCAAGCAGGGAGACCAUUCCAAGUGAACACAGCACCAGCCGACACCAAGAAGCCCGUGAGAGGGGGCGGGCCGAGCAAUGUGGACACGACGAAGCCCAAGGGGAAGUCCAGCUGGCCGCUUUGCGGGUCCUACGCCCCGAUGAAGGUGGGGCGACAGUUCCCCGCGGGUGCAGCGGAAGCCAGGCACAGGAAGGCCGUGAGUGGGGCUCGGGGGGCGCCGAGCUGAGGGAGGAGGACGGAGCAGGUGCUGUGUUCCCCACUUCGCCUCUUUCUAGCGGGCUUGCAGUCCUGACUCGGACAUCUGUUGGAGUUGACACAGACAGUGCCACAGGUCAAAUUCAUGACGUCCCCGAGAACCACACAGUGGAGCCCAGAAACCAUCAACACGCGUUUUCUGACUCAAAGGAGAGGGGAGAGGCAGAGGGUGGGAACCAGCCGCUCUCUCCCAGGGGCCUUACUCAGCUGCCUUGUGCUUCUUCUCCUGAAGGAAACACCACAGGCUUUUCAAUAAGCCACAAGAUCGAGGAGCCUGAGAUGGGGGUGCCCCAAAGCGGAGAAACCAAACCCGCAAGUGCAUCCAGCUCCCCUGCAGUGACUUCGGCCUUUGUUUCAGGAGAAUGUGCAUCAGAGACAGCUCCUGAGACACUGAGGGACCCGUGUCACCGGGUCCCCGCCCUGGGCCACAGGAGGGAGUCGGGGGAGGAGAGGCCCAGUUCCAUGGCAGCCCAGACCGGCAGGUCCCCAGUACCUGCUUGGGAGGAGGUCAAGAAGAAGCAAGAAAUCGCGAGAAGUGGACACUUAACUGAGGGCGUGAAGAAGAAAAUCUUGUCCAAGGUGGCCGCCCUGAGGCUGAGGUUGGAACAGAGGGAAAAAGCCAGAAAGAACUCGAGCUUCCCUACAAAGAUCCCUAAACUCGAAACGUCGGUAUCAGGCACAGAUGAGAAAAAAGACCCCACGAAACCACCUUGCAAAAGGGAAGGCAAAGCUCCGGUAUUACUGAAAAAGAUCCAAGCUGAGAUGUUCCCCGACCACUCUGGAAACGUAAGAUUAACCUGCCAGUUUGCAGAAAUUCAUGAAGAUUCUACUAUCUGGUGGACAAAAGAUUCAAAGUCAAUAGCCCAAGUGCAGAGAAGUGCAGGAGACACCUCCAUUGUGUCCUUGGUCAUCGUUCAAGCCAGUCAGAAGGACCAGGGCCUCUAUUACUGCUGCCUCAAGAACAGUUAUGGAAAAGUGACUGCUGAAUUUGACCUCACUGCUGAAGUUCUCAAACAACUUUCCAGUCCCCAGGAUAGGAAAGGAUAUGAAGAGAUUGAAUUCAGCCAACUUAUCUUCAAAGAAGACUUCCUCCAUGACAGCUACUUUGGGGACCGCCUGCGAGGCCAGAUCGCCACGGAGGAGCUGCACUUCGGAGAGGGCGUCCACCGAAAAGCCUUCCGCAGCAAAGUGAUGCAGGGCCUCAUGCCGGUCUUCCAGCCCGGCCACGCCUGCGUGCUCAAGGUGCACAACGCAGUUGCCUACGGGACCAGAAACAACGAUGAGCUCAUCCAGAGGAACUACGAUCUCGCUGCCCAGGAAUGCUAUGUUCAAAACACCGCCCGAUGCUACGCCAAGAUCUACGCUGCUGAAGCCCAGCCUCUGGAAGGUUUCGGAGAAGUGCCAGAAAUCAUUCCGAUUUUUCUCAUCCAUCGGCCCAACAACAACAUCCCAUAUGCCACGGUGGAGGAGGAGUUGAUUGGAGAAUUUGUCAAGUAUUCCAUCCGGGACGGGAAGGAAAUCAACUUCUUGAGAAGAGACUCGGAGGCCGGUCAGAAGUGCUGCACCUUCCAGCACUGGGUGUACCAGAAAACAGGUGGCUGCCUGCUGGUCACAGACAUGCAGGGUGUGGGAAUGAAGCUAACCGACGUUGGCAUAGCAACACUGGCGAAAGGGUACAAAGGAUUCAAAGGCAAUUGUUCCAUGACCUUCAUCGAUCAGUUUAAAGCGCUACACCAGUGUAACAAGUAUUGCAAAAUGCUGGGGCUGGAACCACUCCAGAGCAACCAGAAGCAGAAGAGGCCCCGUGCCGCGAAAAGCAAAAGCCAGCCGAACUCCGCCACCGCGAAGAAGACGGGGUGCGGGACCCCCGCCCAGAAGAAAACCUAGCCCGGCCCAGGACCAAGGCCACCGCCUGGCAGCACCCGCGUGGGUGGGCCUCGGAAAGCCCCCG